GGUCUGCGCGCAGAGAUCCAGAGAGCGAGACAGACAGACAGCUGAGAACAUCCGCCGGAGGAGCAGACAGACAGACUGCGGGAAGGGAAGAGUGUUGCCGGGUGCAGCUCCAGAAAACACCGCUACAAUGGGAGUCGAAAUCGAGACCAUAACCCCGGGUGACGGAAGGACUUUCCCCAAAAAAGGACAGACGUGUGUGGUGCAUUAUGUUGGCUCCCUUACAGAUGGACGUAAGUUCGACUCAUCUCGUGACAGGGACAAGCCUUUCAGAUUCAAGAUUGGCAAGCAGGAGGUUAUCCGAGGCUGGGAGGAGGGUGUGGUGCAGAUGAGUGUCGGUCAAAGGGCCAAGCUGACCUGCUCACCCGACUUCGCUUACGGAAACAAAGGCCACCCGGGCAUCAUUCCUCCAAACGCCACCCUCAUCUUUGACGUAGAGCUGCUCGGUUUGGAAUGAAACAUAUUCACGGACAUUUUUUUGUUUUGUGUGACUUCCUACCUGGGUGACCUGGAGAGAAGCUAGGAGAGUCUGCACUUGAUUCUAUAAGAGGCUUGAGUCUAUAGUUCCACUACUUAUUUCAUCAGACUAUGACAGUUUGUGUUAUUUUGUCUCUGUGACUGAGUGAAUUAUAUUUUUCCAUCAUAUUCUUCCUCUAAGACUAUGGGCCAUAACCUUACAAACCUCCAUGUUCUUAAUCUUGAGUUUAUUUUUGCUCUUUACUUCUCUCUUUACUUACUUUUGAUUUGUGUUUUUUGAAGUGUUGGUUGUGCAUGGUUUUGCUGAAAAGUACAAAAUACCAAUGAAACCACUAGCAGGGACAUUUAUCUCAUAUGAGUCCAUGUGUACUAACAUUAUGAUUUUUGAGACUUGGUGCUUGUUAUAUUACAGAAACAAAAAAGUGUAGAAAAGAAAAUGAAAAGCACACAUUUGUAUCCCUAUAAGGCUUAAAAUCAUCACAUAUGAAAUGAGUUUCUGUUUUAGAGAUGAGGUAGUGUUACAUUUAGUGGCUUCCUGCUGUGAAACAUCGAGUCAUGAAAGGCCUUAAUGGUGUUACACAGGAAGUGGGUUCGCUAUAUGAUAUAUAUAGAACUGCUGUGUUUUCUUUUUCCUUUAAACUGUAAAAAGCAGAGUGAGCUGGGCAGAGGUAAAGAGAACCAAUCACAGUCACAGAUAGUUCUGAUGUGUGCCUCAGUAAUCGAACCAGACACAUGGUUACUACCUUGCACUGUCUGCAUGCUCCUGGCCCGAUGGAAACCCUAGUAUGUACAUGUUGAAAGCUUUGCAACGGUUUGUGUUUUAUUAUGUUCUUUUCUCGCAGUCUUUAAACGCCAUUUAAAGCCAUACACAGGUCAAACAGUGCAAAGACAGGAUUUGUGUCUACACACAGCGAUUGGAGUAUUUUCUUUCUCUGAAAAACAAACAAACAUGGGAAGUGCUUGAAAAUUAGAAAAGGGGGCUGAGGAACCAAUCAAAUUGUGACCUCCCCCUAACCUUAUUUUGUGUAACAACUACAAUCAUGUAUUUUCAGAUGCCAACUUUCUAACUCUGAGAGUCAACAAAGCUAAUGUAUAAUCUAUGAUGACUUUUGUUGUUUGUUUUGCUAUAGUGUCAGUAAAGUACCACACUGCCUAACUGAAGUCUGUGCUGUGGUAGAUAACACCCGGACACACAGGUGUCCUGGUGAUUUUGUAUCUCAAAUAAAUAGUUUUAAAUGGAGUUUAAAUGAAGGAAUAUGCUGGCCUGGCUGUCAGACAUUGACCAUGGCUGUUGAUGUUACAUACUGGCAAAGCUGCAAACUGGUGUGGCAGCAGUCCACCUUUGUACUGUGUAGUAAUUUGCUGAUACUUUACUGUAUGCAGGCUAAACCAAUGAUGACAUAUUUAAAUAAAGCAAGUGCUCUCCAAA